GUCAGUGACAAGAACAUCUCCAGUUUCUGUUUGCUGUUGGAUGAUGUUGCAGAACCUGCUGAUCACCCUCUGCAUUGCUUUGAGUUGUGUGAGCAGUGCAGCCGAGGUGAUCCUUGUCUCUGGAUAUGAGGGCAGAAAUGUGACGGUGUCCUGCCCCUACGAUCAGGGUUAUGAAUCUCAUGACAAGUAUCUGUGCAAGAACGACUGUGGCAAUGCAGAUGUUUUAAUCAUGACUACAGAAGCACAGAAGGGAAGAUAUUCUAUCCGUGAUAAUGAGGAGAAACAAAUCUUUACUGUGACCAUCUCUAAUCUACGUACUAUAGAUGCUGGGAAAUAUUGGUGUGGAGUGAGCAAGACUGGAUAUGACAUCUUCACUGAAGUACUGCUACAGGUAGAGCAAGAGUGGUGCUGCGUAAAGAAAAACACCCUGGUGGGAACUGUGGGACACCCCCUCACUUUGCCAUGCCCCUAUCCACCACAACACUGGGAUAACAGGAAGUUCCUCUGCAAAGGAGACCACCGCAACAACUGCACAGACAUGGUGACAAGUGGAAGCAGGUUCACGUUGAAGGAUGAUGCUCCUUCCAGCUCUUUCUUGGUGACAAUCACAGAGCUCGAAGCUGGUGAUACUGGAACAUACUGGUGUGGAUCAGACUCUGAGUGGAGUGUUGGAAACUACACCAAGAUUCAGUUGUCAGUAGACACUCUACCCAUUGGAAUUGUUGUUUACACUGUUCCUGCUCUCCUGAUCCUCCUUUCCAUUGCUCUCAUUGUAGUCUUUAAAUGCAAACUGAAAGGACCUGAAGCCAGUCCUGACAGGGAAAUUAGAAAGUUUGAAGCACUCGAAACGAAAUGUGAAAAUCCAGAAGAUGCUUCUCAUCCAUACCAGCAGAGCACCAGUUCCAGUGUUGCUCAAACUCAAGAAAAUAUGUACCAGACCAUCACUGCAUCAGAAGAUAUCUACUCUAUUUGUCAGUAGUUACAGCAAAAAUGAUAAAGCCGGUAAAAAUAAAGAUAAAGAAGCUACCUUUCUCACACUAAGAUUAAAAAAAUAAACAUGAAUUAAUCUCCCAACUCCAGGUUAUUCCUGCUUGUAGUUUCUGUAGCCACUUAUCUGUCUGUAUUUCACUCCAGCCUUACAUUUGUUUUAGUUUGUUUGUUUUUUGUUUUAAUAAAGAUCCUCAUCAACAUGGACAUUAACACCUGGGACCAUAGAAAAACCGAAUUAAAGAAUAACAGUUUGUGGUUCAAAU